AUGAAAGCAGAAGGGGAUUCGGAGAAAGCAAUACAGCUCUUCCAAGAGGCGUUGGAUAAUUACAAGGAUCUUUCUUCUAUCAGUCCCAAUGCAGCAGCAGUCUACGAGAACCUGUCGGCUCUCAAAGUUGAUCAAGGGUUGCUGGAAGACGCCAUUGCUGCAAGCGCAGGCGACCUCAAGAUUCGUCGAAGAAGGUUUGGUGACCAACAUGCUGACACGAAGCUACGCAUGACAACGCAUAGAUCUCUACUAAGACGCCUCUUGGAGAGUCGGAGUUAG